AGAGGAGAGCAGCAGCUGCUGCUGCUGCUGCUGCUGCUGACACCCUCAGUAAAAACCAAACAGCAGCUGGAGGACUGAUCAGGGAUGAGAUGCUGUAAACUGUUAAUGUCUGGUGGCUGAAUUUGAUCAUCUGAGGAGGAUGGAGUGUCGGGGUUUUCUGUCUGCCAUCGCUGCUGCCUGCUUCUUAGGUCUGGUGGGGAGUCAGACCACACUUUCCCCUGCUGUGACCAGCACCACUCUGAUCCAGAAUGUGACCAGUUUGAGUCCGACUACUGCGAUUGUCAGCAGCACAACCCAAGGCUGCUCUGAAUUCAACACUUCCACCUGUGAGCCUUGUGCACCAGGAUCACGAUACGACAACAAUACACUGCUGUGUGCAUGCUGUUCUGACCCUGGGCUGUGUCUCUUUCCUGGAGCGUGUCUGGCAUGUGGCCGAGGUUUCUAUCAGCCACUGGCUGGACAGCAGCAGUGUCUACCCUGCAACCGGGGCACCUACACAAAUUUUACAGGAAGUCCACUGUGUUACCCCUGUCCUGUAGGAUCCUCCAGCAACAACACUGGUGUGGAGAGCUGCACCAGCUGUUCUCCAGGUUUCUUUUCUUCGCAGCUGAGUUCCACUUCGUGCACACCUUGUGUCCUGGGAAGUUUUUGCAAUUCCUCUGGUUGUUCUCGUUGCCAGAUGUGUCCAGGAGGAACUGAAGCUCUACAGAUUGCUGCCAAGGACUGCACCCCAUGUCGACCAGGUAUGCACAAGGCUCCACAUCAGGCUUUGUGUCAAAUCUGUGGCAGUGGCUUCUACCAAAUUCACUGGGGCCAGGAGAGCUGUACUGUCUGCCCAGAGAAUCACUACUGUCCUAGUCCUGAUGUCAACCCCAUUCUAUGUCCCAGUGAUGCCUUCUGUCCGGAGGGCAGCUCGGCUCCAGGCUACUGCAUGGAGACAUUUUUCAGGAAAUCAGGGGACACCUGUGAACUGGCCCCUGUCACAAUUGCCCUGUUAGUUAUAGCAGGUGGAGUUGCCCUACUCUUCAUUAUCUUAAUUAUUGUGCGUCGACGGCAGGACACUGACGGAGAGUUGACGAUAGCUCGAACUCCUUUAUUAUGCAAAGAACGACCUCAAGGUCGGUACUAUGGAUUCCACUGUGAUGCAGAACCAGUCUAUGCCGGCUGGUGAAACCAGAGACUUUGCUUGACUUUUACCACAGCAAGGGCCUGGUUGGACAACAAGACAACACACUUUUGGAGAAGACAGUUAAAAGAACUGAUGAUCUCAUCCUUGCAUAAAGACUGCGCACUUUAAAAAUCCAAUCCAGGUUUUAACAGUUGUAGACAGGAAUUCUUUAUUGUGGGCUGUUUUUUUAAUUUAUGUUUAACAGACUGACAGCUGUUCUAGUCAGAGAUAAACUAAUUUUUGUAAAGUACGCCAUUGGAUUAUGUGAGGUUUGCUGGAGUGGUGAAAAUAACAUGACGUGAAGCCUUUUUCAUGACAGUAGUCAAUUAACACUGCACUCCUCUGUGUCUAUGUGUGCAUGUGUUGGUAUGAUGUGUUUUCUGCAUUUGCUUUCAAUUAUUUUUUAAGAUUGUAUUUGUAUGUUUUGAAAGAAAAAAAUAAAAAUGAUUGAAUUGAA